AUGGAUUAUCUAUUUGUUUUAGGAAAUCCAUUUGAUAUGUCUUGCAACUUAGUUGUUUACACAGUAUAUACUAUGAUAAUAAAAAAAGCCAUCAACGAUUGUGUGCACGUCAAAGAAAAAGAUACGCCGUCAUUUGUACCAAGAGAAUCAUUUAUGCACUUAUUGGAGCCAGUUACACGUAUCAGACCAUAUAUGUAUGAGAGGUUUGUAAAUGGAACAUUGUGCCAAGUAUCAGGGGAAACAUAUGCGCUGCGACUUAGUUUUAAUCAUUGGAAUGUGUUUCUCCCUUUCUUCCAUAAAGAUAACAAUGACAAUAUCAGAAAUACUAUCGAGAAUGAUGGUUCCUACUCUGUAUUUAUUCAAAAAGGGAAGGCGAUCUCAACAAAAGGAUGCAUGGUGGAAGUCCCCCAAAACUACGGAUAUGGCCGAAGUUCCCAUGUCCACACCCUUUUUGACUUGUUUAAAUUACAUCAUUCAAGCAAUCCCGUACCGAAAAAGUAUACUCUGCUAGAUUCAGAUUUGGAAGGAACGAAUCAUCCGUUGAAGAUAAUCUUCGAAAGGCCUUUGGAAAGCGUAAAAAUGAUUGUAGAAUGUAAACGCAUCAACUAUAGCUAUUCUCUCGAAUUCAGUGUUCGAUUAAUGGGCCAUGAUGUUGACUACAGUAAUAUUGAUUUUAGACCAUAUGAAUACUUCAAUCAGCCAUUAACACUCGCUUAUAUUUAA